AUUAUUAUUUCCUCCUCUCCCGGGAAGGUAUCCACGAGACCGUCUCUUCGUCUCUUCCUCUCAGUUGUUUCACCCCUCUCCUCCCUGUCGUCGCCUCAACACUGUAGGUAGGAAGAAAGAAAGAAUUGAUGGCUAAAACCCGUCUCUUCUCUCCGAAUCCGGGGGGAAUAUCCCUAGAUUCGAAGGAUUUCUGGCGGCAAAGCGGUGGCGGAGGGUGGGCGACGGCGAUUGUCGUCGUCGUCCUCCUCUCCUGGCAGCUCCUACGCGCCUUCUCGCGGCGUCGCGCGCCCCUCUCUGGAGAUCCCAAGUCGAUUCCGAUCCCGACCCCGACGACGCCAUCCUCGACCGGGAAUCCUUCUCUAGGGUUCGAUACCAAGGGGAUAUCGAAUAUCAUAUCUGACGCUGAUUUGAAAGACUUGAUAACCAGUUUGGAAGGAAAGCUCAAAGAGAAAGAGAGAUGGGAAGAUGUAAUUGAUAAAAAGAAUAGCUAUAUAUCAUACAAUGCAAAGUGUUGCAGGCCAAAGGGUGGUCCCCUGAAAUACCUUAGUGUCACAACGUUUGAGAGAUGCUCCACUGAACUAUUAAGGGACUUCUACAUGGACAAUGAGUACAGGAAAGUGUGGGACAAGACUUUGAUCAAACAUGAUCAGCUGCAGGCUGAUGAAAUGAGUGGGACAGAAAUUGGGCGUAUGAUAAAAAAAUUCCCUCUCCUGACACCAAGAGAGUAUUUAUUGGCAUGGCGUGUGUGGGAAGGAACAGAUAAAACCUUCUACUGCUAUAUAAGGGACUGUGAACAUCCGCUGGUACCACGACAGAGGAAAUAUGUUCGAGUUGGUUUUUUCAGAUCGGGUUGGCGCAUUAGGAAAAUUCCUGGUAGGGAUGCAUGUGAGAUCACAAUGGUGCAUCAGGAAGAUGCUGGCCUGAAUGUGGAGAUGGCAAAACUGGCUUUUGCCAAGGGGAUAUGGAAUUAUGUGUGCAAGAUGAAUAAUGCACUGCGUGAAUAUACUCCCCGCAUCCGCAGUCGCUCAACCUCUGUUGCAACUCUGCUCAGACUUAUCCAAAAGGUUCCACCAAUGUUGGAGGCUGAUGCUGAGAUAAGUCAGCAAGGACUCUCUGAGAGCCCAGGUGGCGGUACCUAUGGCAGGCAAGUUGUCAGGAAUGCAUCAGGGAAGGAACUACCAAGAAGGCCCUCAAAGAAGUGGAUAGCAAAUGGAUUGUUGCUUCUUGGAGGCAUUGUCUGUCUGUCUCGAGGUAGCUCCAGGCUUGGCACUCAGCUGGCCAUGGCAUGCAUCCUGAAGAAGCUCAUGAAGCACGGACCGGCAUCAGGACAAGCCGAGACGAACCGUGUUGCGAAGGCUAGACAUGAGCCAAGGAGCCGUGGCUGAUCUCAACUUUUGAACCUUCUUCGACCAACUUAAGCUUUAAGCCUUGAAAGACGUCUCAGUGGAUUGCAGAAUUUCUUCAGUAAUCUUACCUUGCAUAGAAUCUCUCUCUGUGCAUGGCUUCCUCUUUUCACUUGUACAAAGACAUAGAUUGCUUACUAGAUACUCCCGGGCAUAUAAUGGUAGAGGAUUCAGUCCUAAUAUAUAAUCCUGAUUGCUGGUUAAUUA